AUGGCGUUAAAUUCAGAUACGGUUAACGAAUCGACGUUAUAUUGGGAAAAUGGCAAGGGAACCGUUUCUGUUGAAGUCAUUACUGCGCCAGCAAACUGCAACGAGUGUUUUGCAAGUAGAGUUAGAAGCAAUGUAGGAAACAGUCAAAAAUUAGUUGAAGUUGCUGAUGAACCACAUCCUUGCUCAAGUUUCAUGGACAAUUUUACAAAUACUGAUGAGAUUUUGGAAAAACCAGUAAAAUGUACACCAGAUGCAGAGUAUAAGUGUAUUUGUGGAUUGUCAGUAAAACACGCGCUAAAAGGGAAACAUAACUGCAUUUCUGAACUCUGUCAGGUUAUUGAAAACCAAGCUUCCAUUGUAGUCGGACUUCAGGACAGUCUGAAGAAAGUACGUAAAUAUAUUCGGAUUAUGGAAAAGCGGAUACUCGAGAGAGAAGCUGAAUAUAAAACGGAAAUAAAUGGAAAACUUGAAACACUUCGUGGCAAUUUGGAUGAAGUGAUGACACGAGACAUACGGCGGUGCAGUGGAAGGUGCAGAAAACACGUUCAAACUGAAAAAUGUUUAUGUCGAGGUUUUACUACUGCUGCACCUCAUGUUUGCUGCGGCAAACAAGGAGGGAUUUGUGACUGUUGACUUACUGCAAAAACGUGCAUGUGUGACGAAUACAGCCGGAGUUGUCAGUCCUGAACCACGAUUCUUGAUAAUUGUCAAUAUUAUAUAAAAGUAUUUUAUCUUCUGUCCGAUCUUGAUUUCUGAUGGUUCAUCUGCACGACCACGAAAUACAGAUAACAUAUUUAAUAAUAAGAUCUUACUUCUCGAACAAAAAUGAUUUAUUUUAGCAAUUAGAAAGCAGAGCUGUUGCCUUUCGUAUUUUCGUUUCCAAAUUAAUUGUUGAACAAAAGAUUAUUGUUGCCAUGACAACAGUCUCUAUCCAACGUGCUGAUAAUUAG